AAAGGACACGAAAAACAUGACGAAGGCUGUGAACUUAUUAUUGGAUGAAUUCAAGAAAAGGUUUGGGAAAUACCCGGAAGUUGCUCAGUUCGACGAGGGAAAGGAAUUCUACAAUGUUGGUGUUAGGAACCUCUUACAAAAACACAACGUCCGCUAUUUUUCCACAAACUCUGACAGAAAGGCAGCUAUCGUCGAAAGAUUUAACAGAACCUUGAAGACAAUGAUGUGGAAGUAUUUCUACAGCAAGGGGACUUACGACUGGUUCAACGUCAUAGAUAAGCUCACGAAUAACUACAAUCGUACCAAACACAGCAGUAUACUAAUGAGACCCGCUGACGUAAACAAGUCGAACAAGGAUCAGGUAUGGAUCACACUAUACGGUUACGGAUUAGGAGAAUUUCCAUUGCCUAAGUUUAGGGUUGACGACACGGUCCGAAUAACAAGGUAUAAGAAUAUCUUUACCAAGGGAUACGAAGCAAACUUUACGGAAGAGAUAUUCAAAGUCGUAAAAGUAUUCAGGGGAGAUCCUAACAUGUAUGAAAUAGAAAGCCACGACGGAGAACCAAUCAUCGGAAAGUUUUACGAAGAGGAACUAGCCGCUGUGGACAAAAGGACGAUGUGUAUAGGGUGGAGAAAAUUCUGAGAAGAAGAAAGGGUAUGGUACUGGUCAAGUGGUUGGGAUAUGAUAGUAAACACAAUUCCUGGAUUCCUGAAGAAAAUAUUAAGGAUAUAAAAUAAAUGGCUGACAUUGAACUGGAAGAAACAAACCGCGACAACGAUCGCGAAGCUGAAGAAGCUGGAACGGCGGAGGAAGAAACAAGUUUCAUUGACAAUGAUGAUGGGAGACGUGACGAAAGUAUAUUAAUUCCCAUUGGAUUCAAUCCGGACGUUGAUGGAUCAAGACCCAGCGGUUCCACACCAAACAUCAGACGAGAUGCUGGGGUAAUGAAACGAGCCUAUACGUUGGAUAAAAAGGAUUUCUUCAAAAGGGAACUAGGAGUAAAUAUCAAUAAGGGAGACGGUCCAUCUUCCAGCAUUAUCUUUGACAAAAUGAAACUAACCGUAAAUAAGGCUGGAACAAAAAUUAACGGUGCUACAUUCAAAGAUGUCAAGAUCAUUAUCUCGAAAAAUGGUAAAAUGAUAUACUCUGCAGAUAAGAACAAGGAAUCCGUCGUAAAUGAAUACAAAGAACUGAUCAGGAAAGCUAAAAUAGAGCAUUCAAAAACACCUGCAGCCUUGGUAGAGGAACAACUCGAACGACAGAAUUUAGAUGCUCCUCAGGAACUUGUGGAUAACGUACUGGAAAAUAUCGUUGAAAGAAUGGAUGACGAACUGUCUAAUCAAAGCGAAGCCAUCGGUGAUAGUACAAUUAUAACGGAGAACGAACUAAGGGAACUGAGAGGUAUUCUGAACGUAAAAGGAAACUCGGGUAAGCAAAAGAUUGAGUAUCUUGGGGUAGAAAGAAACCAUUGGAAAGAACUGGCUAGAACCGAACGAACUGCAGGACGUGAACAAAAGGCUCUCCUGUACGAAGCAAUGGCAGACAUGGCAGAACUAAAAGCGGAUGAAAUAAGGUUAAGAUCAAACGAACGACCAAAAGGACCGAAAGCCCUGUCCAUCGUGGAAGAGGAAACGGAAACAAGCGAUCUUACGAGGUUUGAAAGAUUUAGGAAGUGGGCAAAAGAAAACAUAGCUGGAAUAUCAGCCGUUGCAAUAUCUGCGGCGGGUAUCAUCACCACGAUUAUUAUGGGAGCCAGAAGUGCAGCAAAAAAGGGAGCAAGAGCAACAAGCAAGUUUGCAAAAGCAGUGGCAAACCUGGCCGGGAAGGUCGGACCUGUACUAGCAUCCGUACUGACCCUCAUCGCUAAGGUUCUAGGAUGGGGGGCAAAAGGCAUUGCGUUCUUAGCGAAGAAUCUUUGGAUCCCAGCAUUGGCAUUAACCUACUUCCUGUACAAUGAAUACAAAAAGAAAAAAUAAAUACCAUAUAAUAAACAAUGGGAGAUAGAAAAGCUUUUAUGAACGAAGCCUUCGACGCAGGACUUAUUACACUCGGAGCAGUCGCUGCGUCUGUGGUAAGCAAAAAAUUUGCAGGUGACAGUCUCGGAGUACCUAGUACUCCGAAAGGAAUUUUAAAACUAGCCGUAGCCCUUGGAGCUGGUGCGGUUGGAGUUCACUACUUACAAUUCAAAAAACUAUUACCGGAUGAUCCAUUUAAAUAAAGGAAAUGACAAGCGUCGUAGUCGGAGGAUUAUUCAACGCCGCAGCAUUUGCAGGAGCUGGAUUCCUGUUCAGCAAAUUAAAUCACAGUGGAUACAAAGAUGAAAUGAAAAGACAUAACAAAGCGUUGGAAAAAUUAACUAAAGCUAAGGAAAAAUGGUAUGAAAGUCAAGUGGAAAAAAAGAACAGAAUUGCAAUACUCAGGCAGGAACUAGGUGAUGCCAAAUCGGAUAUGGAAGUGACAAACCGCGCUCUCGAUUCUCUGCGGAAAGCGCAGGAGGAAUUAACCCUGGAAAAAGAACCAACAAUUCACGAUUACUACAAACCAUCGAGCGAAAUGGAAGAAUACCAGCAGAUCACGAUCGGAAUACUAGGUCUGGGGUCCGGGUUCAUAAUUACAAGACUAUUAUGAAAAACGGUAUAAAAACAUCGGUUGUACACCACCACGUACGUCGACAAAGGGGUAUCCCAGUUUGGGAUAUCCUUUUUAUUUCCCCUAGUCUGGAUUCAUUGCUUUUUCAAAUCUCAAAAAUUUGAAAAAGAAAAAUGACUAUGUGAAACGAUUUUUUUUUUAGGGAAACCACAUAUACAAUAAAUAAUGAAUCUGAAUAGACCGAGUACAGCUCCUCUAUUGGAUACGGAUAUUCCCAGCGGCUUACCACCAACCCUAACGCCGACCAGGUACGAACCUCCACCUCCACCAGCGACAAAAACAUACACAUGGCGUGAAUGGGGUGAGUGGCUAGUCAAAGACGUGCGGAAAGAUAUAAAAAGGAAAGUCACCGACGCGUACAGAAUAUUUAAAAACAAGGUUUUAAGUCUGUACGGUAAGCAACCAACGCUAAAAUCAACGUUAGUCUCUAGUGCCAUCAAAAAGAAUACCGCUAAAUGGAUGAUACCCGGUGAUGAGUUCAAAGAUCCCUGGGUCUUCUUAAACAGUGCAAGACCUGAAGUGGAAAAGAUCGUUAACGGCGCUGAGGGUGCAAAAAAGGUGUACCUUGUACUAAAAUGUGAACUCGUAAAAGAAGAUCCAAAAACCAAGCAGAAGACAUAUACAGUAUUCCACGGAAGAAGUAAUACUCACGCAAUCACAGUUAACAUCGGCGGAGAGUAUGAAAAAAUGCGUGCAAAAAUGUUAGAAAGUCUGGCAAAAUUUCAGAAGAACGGUAGUAACUGGAGAUUACACAAAGUGGAAAAGUUAGAAGUGUCUGUCACAAAGUAUGAACCGUUGAAAGGGAAGGGAUAUACAACACCUCUCCCAAAACCUCUAAAAGAGAAGAGAGUCAUCAUUAACAUAAAAAAUGAGGACAACCAGUGUUUUAAAUGGGCAGUGACUAGAGCUUUGAAUCCUGUGAAACGUGACGCAUGUAGAGUCACAAAAAUCUUAAAAUUACAGGUUGAAAAAUACAAUUGGGAAGACAUAGAGUUCCCAACGAAAGUUAAAGAUAUUCACAAAUGGGAAGAGAAAAAUAAUAUAAACAUUAACGUAUUCGGAUACGAUGAGGAAACAAAAAAAUUAUAUACGUUAAAACUCGGAGAGCAAGAAAAUCCAACGGAAACAGUAAAUCUAUAUCUGCACGAUGACAACCACUACUGUGUAAUUAAAGACCUAAGUCGUCUUAUAGCGGCACAACUUAGCAAGGGUAAACGGCGGAAAUUCAUCUGCUUACGAUGCAUAAAUGCAUUCGGGACGGAAAAACUCCUAGCUGAACAUACAGCACUAUGCGAAGAUCAUAAACUACAACACCAUUAUUACCCAUCCAAAGGUAGCACAACAUUCUUCAAAAACUUUGAACGGUUACAUGAAGUACCAUUCAUGGUGAACGCAGAUUUCGAAUGUUUUCUAGAACCAAUGGAUCAUGUAGAAGGUGAUCCAAAAACGUCAUUCACAAUUCAAUAUCAAAAGCACAGACCAAGCGGAUUCUCAUACACGAUAAAAUGUAUGGAUAAGAACGUUUACAAAACAAAAUUUAUAACGUACACAGCACAAAAUAAGGAUGAGGAUAUAGGAAAAAUCUUCGUUAACUCACUGGAGGAAAAUCUGAAACCGGUGUAUGAAAUUCUUAAAAAAGUAACGCCAAUAAGCAUGACAGAAAAGGAUAAAAAGAACUACACUGGAUCCAACAACUGCUAUGCAUGCAAUAUACAAUUUGGAACCGUCAGGAUAAAUGAAUGGAACGGUAAGGAAGAAAAAGUAAUUAAGUGUAGAGAUCACUGCCAUAUCACUGGCAAAUACCGAGGAGCCGCAUGCGAUAAAUGCAACCUACGAAUGAGAACACCAAAGUUCGUACCAAUACUUUUUCACAAUUUGGAAAGUUACGAUGCACAUUUGUUUGUAAAAAGUCUAGGUUUCAGUGAGGGUUAUAUUAAUUGUAUUCCAAAAACAGACGAAAAGUAUAUAUCGUUCAGUAAGAGAAUCCCUAUGGAGACUAUCGAACUGGACGAUGGAGAGAAAACACUGUGUCUGGAAAUGCGGUUCCUCGACUCAUACAAGUUCACGCUCGCAUCACUCGACUCUCUCGCCAACAUGCUCGGUGAGGACGAAUUUAAAACAUUAGAAAGCCAAAUGGAACACUCAGGAAUAGAAUUACUAAAAAGAAAAGGGGUGUUCCCGUACGAAUUUAUGACGGAUUAUGACAAAUUACAAUACAAUAGGCUACCCAGUAAGAAAAAGUUUUACAGCAAAUUAAAUAACACAGACAUAAGCGAUGAGGACUAUGAACAUGCACAAAAGGUUUGGAAGGCGUUCGACUGUAAAACGAUGCGUGACUACCACGACCUCUACCUCAAGACAGACGUACUGCUUCUCACAGACAUCAUGUGUAAGUUUAGGAAAAUGUGUAUGGAAAAUUAUGGAUUAGAUUCAUUACACUACUACGGUGCGCCAGGACUCACGUUGGACGCAGCACUAAAGUUUACCAAGGCAAAACUAGAGCUUAUUCACGACCCAAACAUGUACCUCAUGAUCGAAAAAGGAAUUCGAGGUGGAGUCAGCACGAUAAUGAAAAGAUAUGCGAAGGCAAAUAACAAAUAUAUGAAAAAUUAUGAUCCGAAAAAGGAUAACAUAUACAUACCAUACUUAGACGCUAAUAACUUAUAUGGAUGGGCAAUGAGUCAACCAUUGCCAGUCAGAAACUUCAAAUGGAUGACAGAGACUGAACUAAGCAACUGGGAAAACAUUCCAUGCAUACUGGAAGUGGACUUGGAAUAUCCAGAAAAUUUACAUGACAUCCAUAACGAAUAUCCACUCGCGCCGGAAAGCAUAGAAGUAAAUAAAGUUAAGAAAUUAAUCCCAAACUUAAACGAUAAGAAAAACUAUGUAUUGCAUUAUAGAAACCUGAAACUAUAUCUAGAAUUAGGGCUAAAACUAACAAAAGUACAUCGCGGGGUAAAGUUCGAAGAAAGUCCAUGGUUAGCAAAAUACAUACAACUUAACACAAAUCUUAGAACAAAAGGUGCAACAGACUUUGAAAAGAACUUCUUUAAACUAAUGAACAAUUCAGUAUUUGGAAAGACCAUGGAGAAUGUCCGGAACAGAGUAAACGUUAAGCUGGUGACCGCCGAGGAACAGUUAAACAAGCUCGCGAAAAAGUCAUACUUCAAAAGCGUAAACAUUUUCACAGAAAACCUAAUCGCUGUUCACAUGGAAAAAACCACUGUCAAACUUGUAAAACCUAUAUACCUAGGAAUGAGCAUCUUAGACCUGAGCAAAACACUCAUGUAUAACUUCCACUAUAACUACAUCAAACCAAAAUACGGUAAUAAUGCAAACCUACUCUUCACAGACACAGACAGUUUAUGCUAUGAAAUUAAAACGGAAGAUUUUUACAACGAUAUCACACCGGAUGUUGAAAAAUGGUUCGAUACAAGCAAUUACGACAAGAACCACAGCAGUGGAAUACCGGUCGGAAAGAACAAAAAAGUUGUAGGCAUGAUGAAAGAUGAAUGUGGAAGAGAACAAAUCUCAGAGUUCGUUGGACUCCGUAGUAAGCUGUAUGCCUAUAAAAUGGACGAAGGAGAAGAGGAAAAGAAAUGUAAAGGUGUGAAAAAGUGUGUAGUCAAAAACGAAAUA